AUGGCGCCGCCGGACAGCGCAGACGCGGCGGCCGAGGCGACGCUGAUCCGGCGCGUGCUCUUCGCUGCCGCGCCCGCGCUGCCCGCCCCCAUCCUCCUCUCCUCGCCCGGCCCGCUCGACCACGAGGCCGCGCUGCUGCUGGCGCACGGCCUGCGCGCGGCCGUGCUGCCGUGGUACAGCCGCCUGACGCCGGACCGCGAGCUGCUCACCGUCAUCAGCGGUGUCUUCGCAGCCGUCCUCGAGCGCAUCGGCCAGCGGCUCGGCAGCACCGACGGCCAGGCGGCGCUCGCACGCUUUGUUGGCGAGGAGCUGCCCGCGCUUGUGGCUGCCCACAUCGAGGACGUACGCGCGUGCGAGGCCGCCGCCGGGACCGCAGCCGCCCAGCACGCCUCGCUCGCCACGCUCUACCUCUCCCGCGCGCCACAUCCGGCGCUGCGCGUGCAGCCCGGCACGGGCGAGCCGCUCGUUGACGGCGCGUAUCUGCGCGCACUCGUCGAGGCGCUGCUCGAGGCGCUGCUGCCCGCGGAGCACUGGGCGAGCGAGUGCGAGCGCUUCAUCGUGCGCGACGUCGUGGUGGGCAUUCUGCGAGGGAGCGUGCUGGGCCGUUGUACGCGGCCGUGGUUUCUCGUCGAGACGGCGCACAAGCUGCUCGAUGCGCGGGCGUCAAAGGCAGACGAGGUCGCUGGCACAUCGAAGACUGCCACUGGCUUCAGCGUCGUCGCUGCGCUGCACAGGCUCGUGUCGCUCGCGCUGCUCUGCCUCUCCGUGCUACUCCCGCCCCUGCUGCGCGCAUACGUCGAGCUCUUUACGCCGGCUGAGACGCAGCACCGGCGGAGAGCGCGCAGGAGACGCAGCAACAUCGGUGCGCUGACGCCCGGCGGACCAGCAUGGAUCGCAGAGGCCGACGAGCCAUCAAUGGCGCCGCAGCCAGCCACGCGAUCGGCCCAGUCUGCACCGCUGCUGCGCCUGCCGCCGCUGCUCUCGCUACUGAGCGUCAUGUUCGAGCUGAGCAACCGCGCGCUCUCGCGGGCUGCGCUGCUGCUGCUCCAUCUCGCCGGCGACCUCGGCCUAGCCGGGCUCGUGGAGACCCGGAUCGACUCUGCGAUGCGCCACGCCGUCGAGCCGCACCGCCUCGCACCCGUCGUGCGGGCCGUGCGCGAGGCCGCUCUGCCAGGCGGACAGCUACCGCCACCGGCGCCGCCCGACCCGACGCCGGCGCAAAGGAGGCGAGACUAUGCUCGGCUGCUGCCGCGUCUGUGCGCCGCCAUGCCAGCCCCGGUCCGCGCUCUUCUCCUCGGCGUCCAGCCAGCAACGCAAGAGGCCGCCUUGGCGCGCGCCGUCGGCCCGUUCAUGGGCCCGCCACCGGCGCCACACUCACCCGACGAGCACUGCUCUGGCCUCGCGGAGCUGGCCAACGUCCGCCUGUACCUGGCCGUCCUCGAGCGGCUAGCCGUGCUGAUCGACCCAGCUCUCGAGGAGACAGGACUUACCGCCGCUGCAUGA